GGGCGCUCCAGGAAGGCGAAGGGGAGGCAGAGCGAGGCAGCGCGCCCGCGCGCGACCCAGUUCAAGCAGGGCGGAGAGAAAGAAGGGAGAAGGAAAAGAAAAGAAAAGGAGGACAAAAGAAGAGAAGAAGACAAGGAAACCUUCCUCCUUUGGGGAGCCCCGGAUGUGUGUGUGAAUCAGCCCCCGGCUGGGUUUUCCCUCUUGGCUUUGUAGAGAGCAAACACAAGUUGCGUCUGGAAGCGAGGCAAAAGUUGGAGAGAACUUUGCGCCCGGCGUCGCCAGUUGGAUUUUUUUCCUUUUUGAUUUUUUUGAUUCCUUUCCUUUCUUUUCCUUUUUUGGGGAUUCUUGGCUCUCCCGCCCCGCAUCAUCUGCUCGUCCCCUAUCCACCCACCCACCCACCCACCGACCUCUGCCUCCUCCCUUCCUCCGAAAAGCGAUUCAUCGAUACCUGAAGGAAAGAUGAAUAUUUAUCGCCCACCUUCGGGGGCCAAAACAAAAGUCUCGGGCCUGAAAUACAGCAGCAAGACCGAGGACAUGAACGGCCUUGAGGAAGGGGUGGAGUUCCUCCCCACCAUGAACACCAAGAAGCUUGAGAAGCGUGGUCCAAAGCGUUGGAUAGUGGUAGUCAUCGUGGUAUCCAUCUGCCUGGUCCUUUCCCUGUUGGUUGGGCUGCUGGUUUGGCACUUCAAAUACAGGGCUGUCCUUGUGCAGAAGCCAUACAACGGCCACAUGAGACUGACAGGCUUACAGUUCAUUGAUGCCUAUGAGAAUUCCAGCUCUCCUGAAUUUGCUGCACUGGCAAAGAAUGUAAAGAACACGCUCUUAAACAUCUAUGCAAAGAAUUUGGAUGUUGGCCCAUUCCACAAAGAGUCGGUGAUACUAGCAUUCAGUGAGGGCAGUGUGAUUGCUUACUUCAUGUCCACGUUCAGUGUUCCUAAACACAAGUUGGAUGCUCUUGAUAACGCCAUAGCAAAUUUCCGUGGUUUAAAUCUAGCUGGGUCAGGAAAACUGCGGAAGCAAGAAUUUCAAGUGGAGUCUCUCACUGCUUUUCCUUCUGAUGAGGAUAUCGUUAAAGCAACCCGAGACAACAGCUGCAAAUAUGCGUUGCACGCCAAAGAAGGGAAGGUGACCAGCUUUACCACGCCAGGAUUCCCAAACAGCCAUUACCCACCCAACAUGCGCUGCUUCUGGGCGCUGAGAGCGGAUGCCAACAUGGUCAUUAGCCUAACCUUCACUACGUUUGAAAUCGAGCCAUGCCACCUAGGAGAGGACUUUGUCAAGGUGUACAACUCAUUGAGCCCAGUGGAAGAACGCUCGUUGAUGAAGCUGUGCGGGAGCUUUGACAUUUCAUACAACCUGACAUUCAUCUCCUCUCAAAACGUCCUCCUAGUUAUGUUAAGUACAGAUGCAAGAGGAAGAUUUCCUGGGUUCGAAGCAGAAUUUUUCCAGAUGCCAAAGAUGACAUCUUGCGGUGGAGUUUUGAAGGGCGUAUCAGGGAACUUUACCACGCCAUAUUAUCCAGCCUUCUAUCCUCCAAAUCUGGACUGCAUAUGGAAUAUAGAGGUGCCUGAGGACAAAAAUGUUAAGAUACGCUUCAAUGAAUUCUACCUUGAGGAUCCUGGUGAUGCCUCCAACUCCUGCCCCAAAGACUAUGUGGAAAUCAACGGUGUCAAAUAUUGUCAGCCCAGCAAGGGAUUUGUGGUAAUGAGUAAAACCAACAGAAUUACAGUUCGUUUCCACUCAGAUAAUUCACAUGUGGACAAUGGCUUCUCGGCUGAGUAUUUGUCCUUUGACUCCAAUGACCCUUGCCCAGGGAAAUUCACCUGCAAAAGUGGCCGCUGCAUCAAAAAAGAACUGCGCUGUGAUGGGUGGUUUGACUGUCCAGAUGCCAGUGAUGAGAGAAAUUGCAAUUGCACUAAGAAUCAAUUCCGAUGCCAUAAUAAUUGGUGCAAGCCAAAAUACUGGCUUUGUGAUACGGUGGAUGACUGCGGGGACAACAGUGACGAACUGCAGUGCGAAUGUCCUCCUGACAGCUUCAAGUGCAGUGACGGAAAUUGCAUCCCAAUGCAGCAGAAAUGCGACGGGAAAGCAGACUGCAAAGAUGGCAGUGACGAGGGAGAGUGUCGCUCCGCGGCCACCGUUUCCUGUCAAGCAUAUACCUACAAAUGCCGCAACAAUAUGUGUGUGGACAAGAGGAACCCGGAAUGUGAUGGAACGGCAGACUGCAGCGACAAUUCAGAUGAAGAGAAUUGCAACUGUGGCCUCCGUGAGUUUAGCAAGCAGUCCCGGAUUGUGGGUGGAAUGGACUCACAUUUGGGCGAAUGGCCCUGGCAGGUCAGCCUGCAUGUCCAGAGCGAGGGUCACGUCUGUGGGGCUUCCUUGAUAUCCAACAAGUGGCUGAUCACAGCUGCCCAUUGCUUUGUUACAAAGAACUACAUCACAUAUAGCGAACCCUCCCUGUGGACUGCCUACAUGGGCCUUCUGGAUCAACAGAACAGGUCGAAUAGCCUCGUUCAGAAAAGGACGAUCAAGAGAAUCAUCAGCCACCCGUACUUCAAUGACUUCACGUAUGACUUUGACAUUGCUGUGAUGGAGCUGGCCAGCCCUGUCACUUUUUCCAAAGAGGUCAGAGCUAUCUGUUUGCCUGAUGCCACCCACGAAUUCCCUGUAGGAAAAACCAUCUGGGUGACCGGAUGGGGAAGGACUAAAGAAACAGGUCCUGGUGCCAGAAUUUUGCAGAAGGCAGAAAUCCGGGUGAUCAAUCAGACCAUGUGUGAGUCCCUGUUGCCCAAUCAACUCACUGCACAAAUGAUGUGUGUAGGAGUCCUGACGGGAGGAAUUGAUGCUUGCCAGGGAGAUUCUGGAGGGCCGCUUGCCAGUAUAGAAGUUAACAAUAGGAUGUUCCUGGCUGGUAUAAUCAGCUGGGGAGACGGUUGCGCUCGCCGGAACAAGCCCGGCGUCUACACCCGGGUCACUAAGCUACGAACGUGGAUCAAACAGAAAACAGGGUUGUAGGUGGUUCCUGCCACUAGGAUUGUUCACACCUCUUGAUUCCUCGUGCAGGUCGGUCAGCCUGGCCAUUGAAGAAGACUUUCCCACAUGAUGUGAAGGGAACCCUGUCUCAGACGUUCAACCCUUCUCUCCUUUGGUUCUCACCUUUCUGGGUCUUCCAGGUGGGGAAGGUUGGUUUGAGAACAAAUGACCCACCUGGAUUUAAUUGUACAUGGACCGUUUCCACCUGGGAGAACUUCUUUCCUUCUGUCUCCUGAGAUCACCUCCAUGUCUUCAUUUAAACCCGAAACUGAGUUUUUGACCGGCCUGGAGCCUCCGUCACAGAUCCGACUUUUGCACAGGUGUGCAAGGGAAGGUUGGAACCAAUUUGAGAUGGGAUUAUACUGACUCCUCUUCUUCCCAAGUCGCCAAACAGAUGACAGUGGGAAGAAAAGAAGACUACCCUGCCUGUUUAGAAAACAGAUUGCAGAUCUUUGGGCUUGAAGCCCUGUUCUUUUCCUUGUUGUGUCCAACACAGUGCCGUCUGUGAUUAAUCCUACAUCCUAUGACUUUUAUCUUAAAAUUCCUCACUAAGAGUAAGGUUGCUAUCUUUGGUAUCUUGGUGUGCAACUCCCCGGAACUCUUGCGGGAAGGGAAUUAUGACAAUUUCCAGAUUUGCUAUGAUGUGGAUUGAUUUAGGGCAGGGUUCCCCAAACUUGGCAACUUUAAGACUUGUGGACUUCAACUCCCAGAAUUCUGGAAGUUGAAGUCCACAAGCCUUAAAGUUGCCAAGUUUGGAGACCUCUGAUUUAGAGCUAUAAUAUUGCUGCAAAAUUUGGUGGACCACUAGAUGGGAGCAGAGAGAUUCCGAACGCUGUCUUUUGCUCACAGCCAGUCAUAUUCUGGAUAUUUGCAGCAGAAAUAAGGAGCAGCUUCUUUGAUUAAAUUAUUUUUCCCCCUCCCUAUCCCCCCUGAGUGAAUUUCACAAUAUCAGUGUGCAAUGGCCUAUAAAAUACAACUUUGUUAUGCCAACAAAGUAAGCACUGAAAAUCAUACUCAGUCUGCAAUGUUAGAAGCAAUCAUACCAGAUCUUGCUGUUUUUUAAGGAAAUAUUUCCCAUCUUCAACUUCACCUCCUUUUUAUAAUAUGCUGAUCAGAGAUGCAAAAACCUAGGGAAAAAACAGGAAGGGAAGGGGAUGGACAGCCGGUAUAUUUUACACACACACCCCUGAAUUUUUCCUUUCCCAUCCUCAUUUGUUUCCCUGUCUUUACACCAUAUCCGCCAGCAUAAUUCAGAUUGAGAUCCCUUCCUGAUAUUUUUUUGAACUACAUUUCUAUCCAUUUUAGUCCCAGGGAUAAAAAGUUCUGACUUUAGCUUUCUUUGUAGAUGGAAUCAAAUUCUGCUGUCGAUUAUCAAUAGGUUGCCUGCAAAUCUCCAAAACGCCUUUGAGGAUUAAAAAAAAAAAAACGACAAUCAAGGAAUAAUAGCCUUUUGCUUUUAUGUGUAAAAGUCCAAUUGAAAUAUUUGGGACUUGCAAUACACUUGCCUCUUCCUUUCAUAAAAAGAAAAAAGAAAACCCAGUUGAUUCUGGACUUCUCCAACAGUGAAAGAUCAUGGUUCUUUCCAUCAAGGGUGGAAUAUGCUUGUUUGAGGUUUGAAAAGCUCGUGCCUUGCAUCUUAGUGGGACUUCAUCUCCUGAGCCAUCCCAUCAACAACGAGACCUACUCUCUUGGAAGCACCUCUUGGCUCUUGUGAAAUGCUGCAUGUUUCCGAUGUUCUUGAGACUUGGUCUCCUUAGUCUUCUGGGGAGAUGUUCUGUGAUUAUUUGCCAUCUUAUCCAAGAGGUUUUAGUAGCCCUUUUCUCACUCAGUCCCCCUCAGAUAUCUUGGACACCAAAAUAAGCUGGCUGGGAAUUGCAAUGCCUAGUCCUCAAAUGUCCAUGAGAAAGGCCACCUUGGAACAACGUUGAUGAGGAGCAGAGCUCUCUGAGACGCUGCACUUUUAAUCCAGUCCCUCUGCACCAGUUUUACCUCAUUAGAAUCAGAUAGAUGUAGAGAGAUCUAGAGAAUAUAAUUGUGUGUGUAUGUUCACAGUGAAUGUGUGUGUGUUUGUAUGGGUGGAUUGUUUCCUUUUUCUGCCCCGUUUUGGGGUGGAUUGGCAUUACCACAAUGUGCCUUAUUGUACAGCCUUGUUUAAUCUACAAGCAUUUCUUUCUUCUUCGGUUUAAGGUUCUUUAUAGGUUGAUGGCUAAAGCUAAUGCUGAGUCUCCAAUCUGGGUUCUUGUGUCGUUAGCAUUCCUCUUCUUCCUAGCUAUUGGCCAAGCUGGUUAGGUGUUCUGGGAGUUGUAGUCCAGUCUUUUUUUAGGGAGCGCUUCUAUCCUGCGGUGUACCAAAUGCUGAUUUGCUUCAGUGUUUGCUGGCUGCAUCAAUUUGAAUUUGAGCCUUCUUUGAGUAGAAUAAGUACCUUUGUCUUUGAGUGGAAGAAAGGAUGACCGUGAGAUUAUUUAGGGAGCAAACACUGUUAAGUAGAGCUAGAUAGAGCUAAAAUGUUUCUGCAAGCCAAUGGACAAGAUUGUUGUAUCUCACUGUGUGAUGUGCCUUAUUUUUUUUUACAACUGUUGCUUUUACAACUGAUGGACAAGUUAUGGUUCUUUACUGUAAAACUUAAUGUUGUUCUGCACCUCCAUUGGUCCAAAGUGUAGACUGGAGAAAAUUACAUAUGUUCUUGAAGAAGUUGUUCCUCGGACAUAGGACAAAAAUGGGAAGAAGUCUCUUUUUUCUAGGAUAUUUAACAAUCUGGGAAAUGCUUCACUGUGUCCUGUUCUUUAUUUAAAGCACAAAGCUACAGAAAGGGAUCGAUGCAGACUUAACUGUUUUAUUUCACAUUAAAAGAAAGCUUUUCAAAAUGGAUUGAAACUAAUCAGCUCAAUUUUACUUCUUACUGUGUUUGUAUGUAUAUAAAGAUUGUAUUUUUUUAAA